CGUCGCAGGAACAGUUUCCGGAAUACUUCCUGUUUUGUUGGCGAUGAUUUCCAGUAAUGAGCUGAAUGUCAAAAUAUUGUUCUAAUAGUAGGCUGACCUCGCCUAUUAACCACUGAUCGUUUCGUGACUUGACGCGCGUCGGCAUGGAUAACCGUUGUUAUUGUUGUACAUCCAAGUUCGGUGUCUUUAAAAAGGAGCUGGGUUGUAAAAGCUGCGGUCGCUCCUUCUGCGCCAACUGUUUGACGUUCAAUGCGGUGGUGCCCCGGCAUGGCAACACCCAGCAGAAGGUUUGCAAGGAAUGUCAUGGUAAUCUGACAAGUGGGAAUCUAUUAAAUAAUGCAGGGAGAUGGUCACCUCCUGAAAACUACAAAAAGCGUGUUGCUGCGUAUGAAGCCAAACAGCAAGGACAGAACACACAGCCACUUGGAGCCAGUAAAUAUGCUCUUGCAGGUCUUCCGCCACCUAAAGGCCUGAGUAUGGAAGAUCAGGCAAUUGCUGAAAGGCUUCAAAAGCUGAAAGAGGACACGGCACCAAAGUCUGUCCCGUCUGACAAAGAGCUUGAGGCUCGCCUUGCAGCCCUUAAGGCUCCCAGCAAGCCAGUGCCUUCUUCACAGGAGAUGGAGGACCGGCUAGCAGCGUUAAAGGGCCAACCUCCUCCUUCACAAGCUCCUCCACCUGUCCACCGGCCUCCAGAUAACAGGACUCAGACUGAACACGCGAAUGACCUUCUCACUCAGAUGACAGAGGAAGUUGUCAUUGAUAACCAGUUUUCAAAUGCUGGAUGUGAUGAAAAUGAUCGAAUGAACGACCUCAACAAAGGAGAAGAGACGACACAGGAGGACAAUCUGGAGCAAAACCAAGAUUCGGGGAGGCAGCUUGAGACUGAGGCAGCCCAUGUUCUUAAAGAGGCUAAAGAAGCUCUGAAGAAGGAUCAUCAUUCUGAUGAGCAGAUUCUCCACAUGGUCAAGAGAAUUGCACAGCUGAAAGGACAUGACCCAGACAAAGUUAAGAUGGAGGACAUCAAAAAGCCCGACAGUGAUGAGGAAACAGAGGACGAAGCCAUAAUGAGGGUUUUAAAGCAGCUCUCAGAAGAAGCGGCACUCGAUGAGGCCAGUGGCUACAACAUACCUCCAGAACACAGUGGUCCACGCAACAGAGAGAGGAAAAAAUCGUCCAAGAAACCUAAGAGUAAGAGUUCACCAGUAGCUGUAAAAUCGGCACAUCAGCCAUCUGACAGUGACGACGAUGAACUUCCGUGGUGUUGCAUCUGUAAUCACGACGCCACUCUGCGCUGUCACACCUGCGAUGGAGACUUGUACUGCAACCGCUGCUUCAGGGAAGGACAUGAUAAAUAUGACAGGAAGGAGCACCGCACCUCCAGUUACACUGCACCAAAGAAGAAAAGGAAGUCCUGAUAGUUAGUGACACUGAUGGCCAACUGUGGUGAACUUGUGCUUUAACCAUUAAUUAAUGUUGAUUAAAAAGUCUUGCAAUAACUCUAAAACAAAUCCAACCUGUAGAACUCUAGUCAUGCAAAAUGUCAAAUACGUAUACUGUAAGUGAAUGAAUCUCAAUAAAGUGUUGACAUGGAAAAACAA